AUGUUUUCAAAUAAAGCAAUCCGAGUCUAUGUUCGUCUGAUGUUUCUUCGAAUAGGUGAAAUUGAUACAUUAAAUGAAAAAUAUCAAGCACAAGCAUCUAUUGAAUCUCGUUGGCCUGUUGAAUUUGACAAAUUCUCACCAAAUCUAUCUUCUGAUGAACAAACACGUCUAAUACAUGGAAAAUCUAUAUCUCUUAUUAACUAUGCUGAGUCUAAUUGGCAUCCCCAAUUAUAUAUUGAAAAUAUUCUAGGUGAUUUAAAAGAACAACUAAGAUAUAGUGCAAAAAUAUCUAAAGCAGAUAAUCAAAUAUAUAUUUGUGAACAUCGUGAUAUUAAAGGUAUAUUUUGGGAAAAACUUGAAUUGCAACAUUUUCCAUCAGAUGUUCAAGAAUUAUCAAUAUCAAUUGGUUCAAUGCUUUAUGAUGAUAAAGUUUUAUUAAUUGCUGAUCCUUAUCAUUUAAGUGGAAUUAAUCGAGAAGUAUUUAUCGAUCAACAAGAAUGGUCAUUAUAUGAACAUGUUGAUACUAAACAAAGACAUAUAAAAGAAUUUUUAUUUCGAGGUGGAGAUGAAGAGGAAGACAAUGAUGAAGAUGAUGAUGCAAGUAUUAGUACUAACAAAGAACGGAAGCGUUCGAUUUUAACUGUAACUUGUCACGCUGCUAAUCGUCUUCAAAUAUCUUGUACACUUCUUUUAACAUCCAUUACAUUUCGAUGGACAGUAAAUAGAUCACUACCUACGAUAUCAUAUUUAACAGCAAUGGAUAAAUAUGCGAUAAUGUGUCUUUUUAUUCUUGUUAUUCUUUCUAUUUGGCAUGCAAUCAUUGGUGGAUUAAUAUAUAGAUAUACGUCUGAUUUUCAUGUGACUUCAAUAACAUUGUUGAUUAAUUUCGAUCGAUAUGUUUUAUAUACUGCUAUUGGUAUCUAUAUAAUAAUUCAUGGAAUACUUCUUAUUUGGUUAUUUUGUGUUCCAUUAAAACAUCGUCGAGAAUUAAAUCAAAAAGAUAUUCAAUAUCGACAAUUACUAUCGAAAAAUAGUCAAUUAUCAAAAACAAAAUCAAAAAAUAAUUCCGAUUAUAUUCCAAUUUCAGUAUAA